CAGGUUGACGAUGAAUGCUACAAAGAUUGGAGUCUUCACCUUCUUGUGGCAAAGAAGAUCUUGGGAAUCAAGAGACUUCCUAGAUUUCCGCUCACUAUUAUUCUUGAAGGUGGAAGCAUCCAUGUAGAUGGAGCAGGGACUUGCCUUACCACUGAGGAGUGCCUCUUGAAUAAAAACAGGAGCCCACAUUUAAGCAAAGAACAGAUAGAGAACGAACUUAAGGCAUAUCUUGAAGUCAAGAAGGUGAUGAUGACACAAAUGGUCAUAUUGAUAAUAUCUCGAUAUUAAUUUAUAUUUCCAAUAAUAAGGAAUCGAGAUCUACGGUGAGAAAUGAGCGAUUGAGGAUCUACUGAUACAGUGGACCAAAGAUGGGGUGUACGUUCUCGGGAUUGAAUGCGCUCUACGACGCCGUCAACGGCGGAGGGGAUGUCUGGAUCAACGAGACCAGGUUCAGGAUCGUCAGGCAGCUCGGCGAGGGUGGUUUCGCCUUUGUUUACCUUGUCAAGGAGGUGCUUGCCGAUUUGGCUUCCGCCGGUGGCCUUGCCAACAAAGUCAAGGAUCCUUCUCAUCUCUCUGAGGAUGGUACUUAUGCAAUGAAGAAAGUUCUGAUUCAGAACAAUGAGCAGCUGGAAUUGGUUCGGGAGGAGAUCCGUGUUUCAUCACUGUUUAGUCACCCUAAUCUGCUUCCACUUCUUGAUCAUGCUAUUAUAGCUGUUAAGCCUACACAAGAAAGAGCAUGGAAACAUGAAGCAUACUUGUUGUUCCCAGUUCACUUGGAUGGAACAUUGCUGGACAAUUCUACAGCCAUGAAAGCUAAAAAGGAGUUCUUUUCCACAUUAGAUGUUCUUAAAAUAUUUCGGCAGCUGUGUGCAGGGCUCAAACAUAUGCACAGUCUUGAGCCUCCAUAUGCACAUAAUGAUGUCAAACCUGGCAAUGUUCUUUUAACCCAUAGAAAAGGGCAACCACCACUGGCAAUAUUGAUGGAUUUUGGGAGUGCAAGACCUGCAAGGAGGCAAAUUCGCUCUCGUUCAGAGGCAUUACAGCUACAGGAAUGGGCAUCAGAGCACUGUUCAGCACCUUUCCGAGCUCCUGAGUUGUGGGAUUGCCCAAGCCAUGCAGAUAUUGAUGAGAGAACUGACAUUUGGUCACUUGGAUGCACUUUAUAUGCAAUUAUGUAUGGAACAUCUCCCUUCGAGUAUGCACUUGGAGAAUCAGGAGGAAGCUUACAAUUGGCAAUUGUAAAUGCACAGAUUAAGUGGCCAGCUGGACCCAAACCUCCAUAUCCAGAUGCUCUUCACCAGUUUGUGACAUGGAUGCUUCAGUCACAGGCGGCCAUUCGUCCUUGCAUAGAUGAUAUUCUAAUUCAUGUAGACAAGUUGAUCUCAAUCUCACAGUGAGAUGAUAAAUGGUCAGAAAGCAGCAACGGUUACAUCAGAGACGCGCAAGUUGACCAUGCAUGUUUAACAUUUCAGCAACUUUAAAUUAUCUUACAUACAAGCCAAUCACUAGGCGUGCUUUUUAUACCUGAGCAGUGAAAGCAGAUGGUAAAGUUAUAGCAGCUCUUUUAUGUUACAUAUGUUGCACCUUUUGGAGUAGUUAGUGGUUAUCCAUUGAUUUGUUUCUUUUAAAUUACUAUUUACUUUGUGAAAUGCUAUUCAAUGAAGUUGAAAUCUCCCUCUUCAGCCAAAGAUUAGAGUAAAAUCACUACAAUUUG